AUGGAUGCCACCAACGUCCAGCCCACCGGCGCCUACGCCGCCGACAUGGACAUUGACAUGGACAUCGACCUCACCACCGCCGACGACAUCGAAGCCUUCGACACCGAGGGCAUUACCAUUGAUGAUAUCAACGCCCCGGCCACGGCAGGGGGCCCACCAAAUGCCCCCGCCAUCGAGCCUCAGCUGGAGAAAGUCAACGUCGAGGGCGUCGACAACCUCACCACCGCCCAGGUCAAGGCCUUUGCACUUGACCAUUUCCCUACCGACCAGUAUGUCCGCCUCGAGUGGAUCGACGACUCCCACGCAAACAUUGUCUACGAGACCGGAAACGCCGCCCUUGAGGCCCUUGUCGGCCUCACCGACCCCAACAAAUGCGAUCCUGCCACAGCUGCCGAUACGCUGGAACACGCCCUCCAGCAGCGCGACGCGAAGCCCUUCUUUGAGAAUCCUGAAGUGCAGCUGAAGAUCAGACUGGCCGUCACUACUGAUGUCAAGGCUGCGCGCGCGCACGAAGCCAGCCGCUUCUACCUCAUGAACCCUGACAAAGACCCUCGGGAGAGAAGGAGAAGGCAACAGGGCGACCGUCGCAAUGGAGGCGCCAACGAAUACAACAGGAGGCGUUACGACGACCGCGAGCAGCGGCGGAGGAAGGACAAUACCGAGUACGACAUGGACAUGUACGAUGAAGAAGGCCCGUCUAGGGCUCGGAAUGACAGCAGGCGCGGUAGACGUGGUUCGCUGUCGGACGAGUCGAUAGAUGAUCGUAGGAGGAGCAGGAGGAGAGAGGCACGGAGCAAGAAUCUGGACGACCUACUUCCGUCCAAGGCCGACGGACGCCUGCGCGACCGCAGCGCAUCCCCACUCCGCGAUGGUGAUGGCCGUUACGGUUUCGGUGACGAUGACAGCGCCGCACACCGCCGCGCCCGCAGGAGAAGCUACUCCCCUCCGUCAAACCGCGGCCCUCCCGGCGGCAAAGAACUCUUCCCGGGCCGUGGCGGUGCGACCAAGGAGCUCUUCCCUACCUCAACAUCCAGGGCUACCCUUCUUUCCUCUACCGCCUCCAGCCCCAACCCCUCAACCGGCAAUGCAAAGGAGCUGUUUCCCGGUAAAGGCGGACACACCCCCGGCAAGCGCUCUCGUGAGCUGUUCCCACAUAAGACAGCUCACAGCAACCACCGCCGCCAGGAUGCCUAUGAUUCAAGAGACCUAUCUGAUGCAAGUUUCCCGAAUUCACGUAGUCUGGAGGAGCGUAUCACUGGAGGGCAUAACGGCAACGGCCGCCUUAAUGGUGAGGACCAGGGAUUCAGCGUCAGGGGUUCGGCAGAUGCAUCCGGAUUUUCCAUCCGGGGAGCUGCAGACGUGAGAGAGCUGUUCCCUAUGAAGACUGGCGCCGGAUCAAACGCUGGAAAGGAAUUGUUUGAGGAGAAGAUCCAGGGUCGUGGUGGGCCCAGAAGGAAGGCGGAGGAUAUGUACUUCUGA